UUUUCCGGAUGGAUCUGCUCGGACCCUCGGUGUUGUUCCUCCUCCACGUCCUCUCCGUGCAGUGCAUCCCGGAGCCCUUAGUGGACGUGGACGUGGAUCGGUACCACAUCCCCAAGGUUUGUUCCCGGGAGGUUCAGACAGAGGAUUUCGUCCGUUAUCACUUUAACGGGACUUUAUAUGCGGACGGGAAGAAGUUUGACUCCAGUCAUGACCGAGGCAAAGCCUUCAUCAGCCAGGUGGGCCUGGGCAGACUCAUCACAGGGAUGGACCGUGGUCUUCAGGGCAUGUGCGUCAACGAACGCAGGAAGAUCACAAUCCCCCCCCACUUGGCCUUCGGGAGCAUAGGAACUGGUGGUGUAAUCCCUGCUGAUGCCGUGUUGGUGUAUGACGUUCUUCUGCUGGACAUCUGGAACAACGAGGACAAGGUCCUGAUCCGCACCCUCCACAAACCCGCCAGCUGCAACCGCACCACCGGGGCAUCAGACUUUGUCCGUUACCACUAUAACGGCACCCUGCUCUCCGGUGAGGCCUUUGACUCCAGUUACUCGAGGAAUAGAACCUAUGACACCUACUUGGGACAGGGCGACCUCAUCAAAGGUAUGGACGAGGGUCUCCUGGGCAUGUGUGUUGCUGAGAGACGGAUCGUCAUCGUCCCACCCUUCCUGGCGUAUGGAGAGAACGGCUCUGGAACUGCGGUGCCUCCUCAGGCCACACUGGUGUUCGAGGUGCUGCUGGUGGACUUGUUCAACCCCAAGGACGACCUGAUAGUGGAGGUGAAAGAGAGGCCGGGGCGCUGCACCCGCAGGACCAUGACGGGUGAUUACAUCCGCUACCACUACAACGGCACCUUCCAGGACGGCACGGCUUUCGACUCCAGCUACCAGCGUAACAGCACCUACAACACGUACGUUGGGAAGGGAUAUGUGAUCCAAGGGAUGGACAAGGCACUGCAGGGGCUGUGCAUGGGAGAGAAGAGGAGGAUUACAGUUCCUCCUCACAUGGCGUACGGCGAAGACGGAGUUGGAGACAUCAUCCCUGGCUCUGCCGUUCUCGUCUUUGAAAUUCACGUCAUCGAUUUCCACAACCCCAAAGACCCGGUGAAGAUUAAAGUUACCCACAAGCCUCAGGACUGCAAUUUGAUGAGUGAAGCCGACGACCUGAUCCAGUAUCGUUACAACUGCUCCAUGAUGGACGGCACCCUGCUGUACUCCUCGGACCAUUACGAGUCACCUUCCACCACGACUCUCGGAGCAAACAAGGUGAUUCAUGGUCUGGAGGAAGGUUUGCGUGGCAUGUGCGUGGGGGAAAGGAGGGAGGCGAUCGUUCCUCCCCACUGGGGGCAUGGUGAAGAUGGAGCCGGAGGAGUCCCCAAGAGCGCUGUGCUCUUCUUUGAGCUGGAGCUGGUGGAGCUGCAGAAGGGCGUGCCCGAGGGCUACAUGUUCGUGUGGCUGGGAAACGGACCCGACCCCCUCUUUCCUGCUAUGGACCUCAACGGUGACAAAGAGGUCCCUCUAGAGGAGUUCUCCUCCUUCAUUAUGAUACAAGUGAAAGAAGGCAAAGGCCGACUCCGGCCAGGGGUCGACACAGACAGCAUCAUUAAGGACAUAUUCAACAACCAGGACCGAAAUUCAGAUGGGAAGAUCGUAGAAGACGAGCUGAAAGAGCAGGUGGAGGAACCAGUGAGACGAGAUGAGCUUUAAAAGGACUGUCAGUAUUUUGAGUGGUGGUAAGAAACGGGCCUGGGGUCCCACUGUUGUCUUAGCAACUGUUGUGCAGUCACUUUUGAGGAUGUUUCAGAUAAUGGACUUUUUGUCCUUAAGGCAUCAAAGUUUGCUUUUCUAGAUUCUAUUAAAACAUCUGAACGACAUCCCACAGCUGCAGCAUCAGAUCCAUAUUUACAACACGGGAAAAUAUUAGAAUUCACCGGGUCGCCUACAUCAAAGAUGUAUUUCAAAAUGUGAAAGAAAUAUCUGUAAUGGAAAUAUGUUCAACUCCAAGAGGCCUAUUUUACUUUCAAAACUACUCAACAAACAUUUGGGCGUGGCUGAUCUUCCACAAGACACCAUGUUAUAUAAAUUUGUAGCCAAUAUUGUGCCUGACAUUCACUUGAUAUACAAAUGAUUAAAACCACUGCUUGUACAGGUUGUUGUUGUUGAUGAAAACUUGUUGCUAGUUUGUAUAGUAAUACAAAUUGUACAAUAAACUUUUAUAUUACAGAAUACCU